AUGGCUGCCCAGCGCGAUGUGAGGUGGUCGCGGCUAUUACUGUGGAGGUUGUGGCAGGCCCGGGGGGUUCCACAAAACUUGGGAUCGGGCCUGGGCCUAAAAGCGAGAACUUACUCCCGGAGCGACGGCCCGUACUCGCGCACGGCGCUCUAUGAGCUGCUCGGCGUCCCCUCCACGGCCACGCAGGCGCAGAUCAAGGCGGCUUACUACCGGCAGAGCUUUCUCUACCCGGACCGCAAUGCCGGGAGCGCCGAGGCUGCCGAGCGCUUCACGCGCAUCUCCCAGGCCUACGUGGUGCUGGGCAGUACCACCCUGCGUCGCAAGUAUGACCGCGGCCUGCUCAGCGACGAGGACCUGCGCGGCCCCGGGGUCCGGCCCUCCAAGACGCCCGCCGCCGAGCCCGACUCGCCCCGCACCCAGCCGCCUGCCUCUCGGACCCAGGGCCGCGGUCAGGCCUCGUCGGGAGCCAACCGCACCAUGUUCGACUUUGACGCCUUCUACCAGGCGCACUACGGCGAGCAGCUGGAGCGCGAGCGGCGCCUGAGGGCCCGGCGGGAGGCCCUUCGCAAGCAGCAGGAGGACCGGGCCAAGAAGGGCUUACGCUGGGACGAGACCCGAGACACGGCUUUAUUCUUGGCUCUGCUCACAGUUUUCAUCAUCAUGGGCUUUCGUUUUUAAUCGGAGAGCGGAGGGAAGGGGAGCAGCCGCGCCACCGCCCCCCCACCCCCAAGAAAACGGCCUUUCCUGUCUUCUUGAACCCGUUGCCUCCAUUGUCUACUGUUGCCUACCUCUACUGGGGUCCGAAGGAACUGCUCUCCCCUUUCCCUUCCCCACCCGGCCAGCUUAGCCAUUGACCUGCAUAUCCCUACCCCUCUGGUUCAGAAAAGGAGGCUUUUUGAUGCCCAAGAAAAAGGCUCCCAAUGAGGAGUCCCGAAAGCCCGAGUGUGAGGGGUUUCCUGGAGGCCCUGGGGUUCCUGCUUCCAGAUGUCAAUUUCUGGAUCACUUGCUGUGGCUUUCCUGUAAAGCUCCGAGCAAGACUCGUCUGCUGCUGUGGGGCUCCUCUGUAACCUUGAAACGUGCAAUGUGACCAAUUGCGACUGCCAAAAGAAAAA